AUGGAUAAGUUAUUCUACGGAGCAUCCUUCAAUGAUGACAUUUCACCCUGGGACGUUUCUUCUGUGACUAAUAUGACUGAGAUGUUUCAUGGCGCAAGAUCAUUCAAUCAAGACUUGUCUUUGUGGAAUGUUUCAUCUGUGACAGGCAUGGAGUCAAUGUUCUCACACAUAGGAGGCUUCAGUCAAGACUUGUCAAAAUGGGAUGUUUCUUCUGUAACAAACAUGGGUUCAAUGUUCUAUGAUACAAGAGCAUUCAGCCAAGACUUGUCGUCGUGGGAUGUUUCGUCUGUGACUAAUAUGAGAGCAAUGUUCGGCACAGCGUAUUCCUUUGACCGAGAUUUGUCGUCAUGGGAUGUUUCUUCUGUGACUGACAUGAGUCAUAUGUUUGCAGGUGCAGCAUUGUUCAAUCAAGAUUUGUCGUCAUGGGAUGUUUCUUCUGUAGUAGACAUGGAUUCAAUGUUCGAUUAUGCAAGAUCAUUCAACCAAGACUUGGCAUCAUGGGAAGUCUCUUCUGUUACUAACAUGAGCCAUAUGUUCCGUGCUGCAUUCUCUUUUAAUCAGGACUUGUCAUCGUGGGAUGUUUCUUCUGUGACUGACAUGAGUCAUAUCUUUUAUGACGCACUAUCCUUCAAUCAAGCCUUGUCGUCGUGGGACGUUUCCUCGGUCGCGUCAAUGAGCAACAUGUUCGCGCGAGCCAAAUCCUUCAAUCAAGCAGACUUGUCAUCAUGGGAUGUUUCUUCUGUGACUGACAUGAGUCGUAUGUUUUAUUACGCACGAUCCUUCAAUCAAGCCUUGUCGUCGUGGGAUGUAUCUUCUGUGACUGACAUGAGUCAGAUGUUCUCGGAUGCACACUCUUUCAAUCAAGACUUGUCAUCAUGGGAUGUUUCUUCUGUCACUAAUAUGACUGGGAUGUUUCAAACCGCAGCAUCAUUCAAUCAAGACUUAUUUUCAUGGGACGUUUCUUUUGUCACUCAAAUGAAUGAAAUGUUCUCACGCUCAUACUCAUUCAAUCAAGACUUGUCGUCGUGGAAUGUUUCUUCUGUGACUGAUAUGAGUCAUAUGUUCAGUGAUGCAACAUCGUUCAACCAAGACUUGUCACGAUGGGAUGUCUCGAAAGUCAAACACGCGGCGAUGAUGUUUGCCAAUGCAGCGAUCGAUGAGUCUGUCGUGUGUAGUUGGGCUAAUGCUUGGAAAGAUCUCUUUCAAUGCGAUAGUGGAAGCAAAAAUAUUGAAAAAGAAAGCCGUCCCACCACCAAAACUGUGGUUUUCGGCAUCUUUGGUGGCAUAAUAGUAUGCGCACUUUGUGGCUACUGUUAUAACGAACGAAGACAACGACCUCGAUAUGCCGCUCAACAAACGAUGAUAAGGAGGCGGCAACAACAGCGUGAAAACAAUUCAGCAAUCAGUCAAGGGUUAACAGAAGAAGAACAAAAUCAUGCCCGAUAUGAGCAAUUUGUCACAAAGUUUUAUUUCCAAACUGUCUUGUCGGAUAAAUCCAACGUUACUGCAAAUAAUUUAAGGAGCUCGGCAGUCAAGCCCAACGACGAGCAGUGUCCUUCAUCUGCUGCGAACAAAAGCAGUGACGAUGAUGUGUCUGUAUUUGAUGGAAAACAAGGUUCGCUGUCGAAGCGUUUAGCAAGUUGGCGAAAACCCUCCAAAAGGGACGAAUGUUGCAUAUGUUUGGAGUGUUAUACUGUAGGCGAGACGAUCUGUGCUCCAAUCACAACGGAAUGCAACCAUGUAUUUCACGAAGGCUGUAUAAAUGAGUGGCUGAAGACGAAUGAUAAGUGCCCAUUGUGCCGAGUAGAACUAUUAAAGGAUUAG